UGUCCACAGGACAGAGGGUAGCUCACAUUACUGCCUGUGCUGGUGCGCACCUCCCAGUUUUAUUUUUAAUCCAUAUGAUUUCCGGAUGGAUAUGUUCCGCGUACUUCGCCUGUUAACCUUAUGAGCUGGGUGUUAUGCUGUCAAAUAUUGAACAGGAUUUCAACAUGCCGAGCAGCCUUGCCAUUGUGCGCACUACUAUGAUUUCUUGAAGGAAAAUGUCGAGACGGGGGCAGUAGCCUACGCAUUGACAUAUUAUACUACCCUCUAGUCACUGCACUGUCAGCUACAUCGACGUGGCGAUGAGAAACGAUGGAAGGCGGAACUUGCUGCAGCUAAAAGCUAUAGGAGUAGAUUGUGAGAUAUUGUUAGGGCUACGACACGUCCCCCGGUAUCCACGUGUACUCAGUCAUUAAUCACAACAUAGCACACUUGCGAUUUCAGUAGCCUACUGACCAACGACCAUUGGCUCCCCACUAUCAAGAAGCGAAGCAAGACCUCAGUAGCAAAGCAAGCCCUGUCUUAUGUUUGGAAAUGUUUGCGGUGGCUGCGGUCCUCCUCGUACCAUUCCUCGUCCAGGGCGCGCCGCAACAGGGACAAGCAUCCGAGAGGUUAGAGUCCACUGGAGACAGUCCACCUCUUCCACUGGUCAAUCCCUUUGGUUCUGCAGAUGAGAACCGCAGACUCUUGCAGAGCUAUAUAAAGGCUAAUUUGAAAAAGCAGGCAAAUCCUGACGUCACCACAUGGGAACAAGAGGUGUUCUUCCUCUUCUCCCUUCAUGACUAUGACAAAAGUAGCCAGCUGGAUGGCCUGGAGCUAAUGAAGCUGUUGUCAGAUUUCCAGUCACAUCAUUCUCAGACCCCAAAAUCAACUGAUGGAGUGGUUGCCAUGGUUGACUACCUCCUGCAAACUCAGGAUCAAAACCAGGAUGGUUUACUGGCUCCGUCUGAGCUGCUCUCCCCUCCAAUCCAGGCUAAGCUAGAGGAGGAGGCCCCCCAGCAACAGGAACAACCAGAGGAAGAACCAGCACAGAAGGCUGAGGCAGACAGGCCAUCUGACACUGCUAAUGAACUGGGGCAACCACAAGAGGAGAUGCAGGAAGGCAAGCAAGAGCACCGGCCUGAGGCACAGGAGGAACAGGUGCCUGAGGAGCAGAACGUGGAUCAACCAGGGGAUGUAGGGGAACUGAAGCAGGGAGGUGAGCAAGAACACGCUCAGGAACAGCCAGAACCGGAGGCCGUCCAGGAACAGCAGCAACAGGCUGAGGAACAAAGGUUAGAGUUGAAUGCCAUGGAUCAACAGAACCGUCCUGUGCACCAAGGACAGCCUGAGAUGUAGAGGGAACCUUGUUUGUACUGUAUGCAAUGCUUGUGGUCUGCCUGUGAUAACGUCUUUAAAGACCGGAUAUAGGAGUCAGCCAUAGCGGACAGACUGUUGAUGGAUGCUGUGGUUGCCAAGACCAAAAGCAGUUUUUUUUUGUUUUUUGAGGGAAAAUUCAACAGAAAGGGAAUACUAUGAUCUUAAUUGCUUGGUUUUUAAAAUCAUGAUAGAAUUGUAUUUAAAACCUUCUCGUGCAAUUUUGAAAUUAUUUAUUGACAAAUUGUUGACAAUUAUUGCACUUUCACACUUUUAUACUGUUGCAAUAUAUGUGCAUCCUAAAUGACUAUGCAUUUUAGACAGAAGGUCUAUAAACAAAGUGUUUGUGCCUAAUCUUCAUUGCCAGAGAAUAGGUUUGUUCCCCAUCCAAAAUCUACUCUUAGGGUACACUUAGUUUAAGCAAAUCACUCAUAUUGGUGCACUAUUAACUAGACUUGACUAAUUGCUUCAUGCUGCCAUAAUGGUCAUGUUUGCAACACUAUGGGAUUAUUGAUUUAAAAAAAUGAAGUGUAGAUUGAAAAUUCUUUUGCAGACCAAAUUGUGUGUGUGGGUGUCAACCCUCCAUUAGAUUCAAACCCCACAACCGAUGAUGCAGUAGGACUGGAUUUUUCUCUUGACACCCAGCUUGCUCUCAGUGACAAGUCUUACUAUAUGUGAUAUGCAAUAUGUGAAGAUUUCUACAGCUGUCCAGGGUCUUUCAUAUUUUCACAAUCACAAAUCCCAUGUAUUGACUGCAAAGGAUAUAGCAUGUGUGUUUGAAGCAUUUUUAACUGUACUUGAACAGUUAGCCACAAGGCUAAACUAUAGCAUUUUUAAGAGUGUUGAAAGACUGGCCACAGCUUGAGCUUCUUAAGCAAACGGACUUCCUAGUUUUAUGUAGUCCACGAACAGUCACAGUACACAACACACAAAAAAAAACCUUUGAGGAGGGAUACAGUGAGUGCUAUGCAUGAGAAACAUGAACACUUUUUAAACAUGGAGUUCAUUUGUUUACUUGGGGGAGGGGGGGUCCAAAUAAAAUGCCAACUGCUUAAUAAA